UUUUUGAAGAUGCAUGUGUCCUAAAUUCAUGAAACACAUGCCUCGUAUUUUGGAGCAGUCAGUGCAAUUUGGGAAAGAAAUCAAGCAAAUCUGUAUGUGAAUGAUAAUAUUCAGAUGUAACCCCUUUUGUAACCCUUAACAUUUUCAUAAGUAACUGUAAUUUAAUUAGGCUACACGUUUUUUCUCAAUAACUGUAACAAAUUACAGUUACAUUUACUUUGUAAUUAACUUACGUAAUUCCGUUACAUGUAGCCCACUAGUUACUCCCCAACACUGCCCACAAGGCAUUCUAGCACUGUGGCAGAACAAAUAUAAUUCGCAUCUCUAACAUCCAUGAUUCAUUCAGAGGUUAAUGCCAUUGGACGGCGCUGGGAGACCGAGUCAGGUGAUUUCCAAGGAAGCGAUUCAUUCAGUCAUCCUCCACAGAGAGGGGAGCCCGCCCAACCCGGAUGCACAGAGCGUCUGUAGGGCGGUCAGCUGUGGGGUUCAGCCGGGUUUAGCUCGCAGGAUCGGGGGUAUUUCAGCACCAGAAAGGACGGACAGCUCCCGCGGCGUUCAGCUUUGUUUCCACGCCGCUUCUGAGACCCGCGCCCGCUGCAUCUCGCGCAGAGGACCGCGACGCAGAGGGGCUCGGUGGAGCAGACUGCAUGCUGGAUUCGACGCUUUUAAGGAGGUCAUUUGCAUGCGGAAUCUCGCCGGGUGCAGCAGCUCUACGUCGGGACUGAGAAACGAUGGCGGAGUGUGGAAGGAGGGGACUGUCGCUCCUCGAGGAAGCGCGAUCUCGCUACGAGAGCCUGCAGAUUUCCGACGAUGUAUUUGGGGAGUCGGGAGACGACAGCAGCGAAAACCCCUUUUACAGUACGACGGGAGACUCCAAUUCGGAUAACUACACGGAGACGAAUGCGGACGAUGCCAGAGCAGGUGAAGCGAGGAGUCAGAGCUGCGGUCCCCCCGGAUCCGUCUCCAACGGCCAGGCGCAGGAGGAGGGCUGGAGCGACUCGCUACAGGACCUCAACGUGCCCCACUAUCAGGACACGCAUGGUCCGACACAGAAAAUGCCGGCCACUUCCACGGCCAUGGACUUCUUCCAGAUGUUUGUCCCUGACAACGUCAUUCAGAACAUGGUGACCCAGACUAACAUGUAUGCCAAGAAGUACCAGGAGCGCUUUGGCAGCGAUGAAGGAUGGACCAAUGUGACGCUGGCUGAGAUGAAGGCCUUUCUGGGCUACGUUACUUCUACUGGCGUGAACCGUUGCGAGUCAGUGCUGAGUAUCUGGAGCAGCGGAUUCUUCAGUAACCGCAGCAUCGCGCUCAAGAUGAGCCAGGCACGGUUCGAGAAGAUCCUCAAGUACUUCCACGUGGUAGCCUUCCGCUCCAGCCAAGGUGGUAAUCAGGGCCUCUAUAAGAUCCAACCCUUCCUGGACUCUCUCCAGCAGAGCUUCGCCUCGUCCUUCAGGCCCUCACAGACACAGGUCCUCCAUGAGCCCUUGAUUGAUGAGGACCCCGUGUUCAUUACCACAUGUACAGAGAGGGAGCUGCGCAAGAGGAAGAAGAGAAAGUUCAGCCUGUGGGUGCGACAGUGCAGCUCCACUGGUUUCAUCUGUCAGAUCUAUGUGCAUCUAAAGGAGGGUCCAGGUCCAGAUGGUUUGGACACGCUGAAAAAUAAACCCCAGCUUCACAGUCUGGUGGCCAAGCAGCUCUGUCAGAAUCUGGCUGGCCGUAAUGCAAUCAUCUUCACUGGUCCAAGCAUCACAAGUCUAAACUUGUUUCAGGAAUUUGAGAAACAGGGCAUCUACUGCUGCGGGUUGCUGAGCACCAGGAAGAGUGAUUGUACAGGUCUUCCUCAGUCUAUGCUGAUCAAUACCGAGGCUCCACAGCAACGUGGCCAGUCUCACAUUAAGAUGAGAGGCAAUAUGUCCGUAAUCAACUGGUACAACAAAGGCAACUUCAGGUUCCUCACUAACGCCUACUCUCCCACUAAAGAAGGGGUGAUCAUUAAGAGGAAGAGUGGAGAAAUCCCAUGUCCCCUUGCUGUGGAGGCCUUUGCUGCACACCUGAGUUACAUCUGCAAAUACGAUGACAAGUACAGCAAGUACUUCAUUUUCCACAAGCCUAAUAAGACCUGGCAGCAGGUGUUUUGGCUGACCAUCAGCAUCGCCAUCAACAAUGCCUAUAUUCUUUACAAGAUGUCAGACGCCUACCACGUCAAACGCUACAGCCGGGCGCAGUUCGGCGAGAGGCUGGUCAAGGAGCUUCUGGAUAUGGACGACUGCUCACCCACUCAGUGAAAGAAACCGCAUGCUGUCUCUAAACCCCCCGUGACAACCCAUUCAUACUAACAUACUCAAAUACACUAGCAUUCUGCACUUCAGGGUCAUUUUGAACAAACAAACCCUAUAAAUAACGCAAAAUGUGUGCCAAGUUCGGCUGAAAAGGGACGUUUUCCAUCUAAACUCACAUUUAACAUCCCAUUUGGCCAUUUGAUACUACAGGACUGAUGUACAUACGUCACUGUAACACUUGCUGCAUGAGAAACACGAAAACGUGCCCUUUGUAGAUGUGCAAUGAUUUUUAUCCAUAGAGUUCCAGUAAUAGUGUUGACGUAGUUUUGAACCCUGAGGUACAUGUUUUGUAAAUUCUCUGUUUGUGAGCAGCAUAUCCAACAUUCAGCACUGAUAAAUAUACUGUAUAUACUCUGUGAUUGAGGUGUUUUAUCAGCAAAACCAGAAUGUAAUGCAAUUCACACGUUAGAUCACAGAACAUCGUAGAUGUUGUCCCAAAUACCUGGGCUUUUUUCUAUUUUAUAUCACUUAAUAUUUAUGAUCUUUACGACUCUUUUUUUAAAAAGGCAGCAACAUUAGUGACGCAGAUUAUGUAUAAUGCCACACAGGAGGUGAAAUGUGGCAAAACUACUAUGCUUUCCCAAUCUUUUUUGCACUCGGAAGUAGCGGUCAGGAUUCGCAAAAGUCUAAUGAUCCCAAAUUAGAUUUUAACAUAACUAACUCCUUUGUCUGCCUUUCAUUAAUAUCCAUAUCGUUUUGUCAAUUAAAUUAUUAUAAUGAAUAUACAGUAGGAAAAAGGCCCAAUAUACAGUAGUAUACCAAAAAUAAUGUAAAUAUUAUUUCUAAUAAUUUAUUUCUAUAUUUUUAUUAUGUGUAAUUUAAACUGAUUACCUAGGGGCACUGAUGUAUUUGCAAAUGAAUCAAAAAAAAAAAAAAUGAAUGAAAUUACAAAAGACUUUAACUAGAAUGUCUAUCUACCUGUAAGUGGGUGGAUUUAUGUGGUCGUUCACUGUUCCAGAAUCCUAUCAAAAGAUCAGUUCUCCAUGUUGCUAUAUUGUAACCAUAGUAAUGACGGUACAAUCGCAGCCCGUGGCAUAAUUCGUCCCUUCAAAGAACCGAAGCAGAUUCAUUUCCCUCAGGUAAUAUAUUUAGUCAAACAUCUCCCACUGUAUCACUGUGUUAUAUUCAUGACCACUGCAAGGGACAGAUGUACUAUUGAGUGAAUUUGUCUCAGAUUUACCAGACAUGCUUCUUAUUUACUGUGCCAUCACCUGCUGUUUUUCUUUGUACUGAGUGAAACGCUGCAUACUAACAAACCAAUUAGGAUGUUUACCACUGAACAUCACUUAAAACAGGCUUCUUAUUCAGUCUAUACAAAAAGUCUACUUGGUAAUGUCAGCUGUAGUUAUUCACAAUAUAUAUACGCCAUAUUUUAUACCUGCAUCUCUUUUAAAUCAAGACAAAAGCAAUGUUGUAUUAUAUAGGUGUGCUCAUAAACAUGAUUGUUUUUUUUGUUUUUUUUGUCAUGAAUGUUGCAAACAUUUGAUUUCACUUCAUUGUAAUAUUUUUGUACUACUAACCUUAUCUACAUAUUCAGUAUACUAAAAAUACACUUCAGGCGAUAUCUGCCACCUAUGCUUAUCUAAUAUAAAUGGCAAAAGAUGAUUUUGAGAUUGUAUAUCUGUGUUUUUCAGAACAUCCUUUGAGUUAAAUCUGCACUUCAGUGGGAAUUAUUUAAUUAUUUUGAUCAGGCAGACAAUGAACUGUAAUGGCGUUAGAGAGGUGUUUGACCUUAUCUAGGGUGACCUCAGGGUUUUGUAACUACAACACCUGUAGUGCAAUAUAACGUUGGAGAUCGGACCGGGUGCUAUGAACAUCUCUGCCAAGAACAUAAUCUGUAAGCCAGAAAAUGGUCGGCAUGACCAAGACUUUUAAUUAAAGCUCUUGCUGGUGCAGAACAUUAGAAUAAAACCGUUCCAAUAAGCAAAGUUUCUGCUUUUGCACUGGCCGCUAACAUUGUAGGAUAUACUUCAGGGCCAGCUUCAUGUGGCAUGAUAGCAGGUAAAAACAAACUGUCCUUUUAAUAACAACACAGCUACGACAACUAUAUAAUCUCAUUUACUGGACCAAAUUCCUCAAUAUCUGGUCAAUUUAACAAGAACCCAGUGUUGGACAUGUAUCUAUUUCAUGUAUGAAUGUUGUGAAUGUGCCGUGUCUUGCUGUAAUAAUGCUUGGUGUUCCUUCAACUUGUCUUCUCACUGUGAAUGUAGGAAAUGAUUCAGCUGUAUGUGAGAGUAUCUGUGUUAUGUGUAAUGUUCACCCUCACUGUAUGUCCAGUUAUCAAACUGACCUGUGCUUCACCUCCCUGCCUCUAUGUGAGUUUACACCAAUUUGCACACUAAUAAAUGUUGUUUAUACAUACUUUUUUUCCCUACAGUAAUUG